AAUCGUCUCCCGAUGAUUUUGUCGCGCUUUUACGUUUACAAUAGAUUUCACAUUGAUCGUCCGAAAUAACAUCGAUUGUGGGAGCGGGAAUUUCGUUGUUCAAAGCCUAUUACUGCGCCCGGAUGUUCGCAACUAACGCUUUGACGGUUCCCCUCUCAGAUCUAACACAUCAGAGACUUGCGACAAGUACACGUUUGACAGGCUACGAAUUGCACUCGUUCAUGUCGCUGUGCGUGCCUGUGUCGUCACGACUAUGCGCACUCGCUAUACUGCACACUCAAUUUAGAUCAGUCUCAAAACAGGCCGCCCGCGCCGGUACGUUCCUCAUUUUUCGUUCUCGCAGUCGGAUACGAAUUUUCUAACUGAAUGUUAUAAAUUAAAAACGCUGAAUCUGCAAUUAAGAAUUAGUAUAUUAGCGUUUUACAAUGCAAUAUGCCUUUUUACAAAGUUAUGUUAGUUGCAUGUAGACAAUAUCGCAGUCUUAAACACCAAUUCCUGUAUGUAAAAGGAUGUAAAAGGAUCCUCAGUCAAACGUAGUUAUAUUUCAAUGACGACGAAAUUGAUCGUUUGACUUUGUUUUUAUACGAAAAACGAUCCAUCCGCAGUGUCUCUUGUCACCGAAAUCUCCCGAUUCGCGUUUGCUGCACGCCGCGAUGUCGGCGCCGCGCGGAAACGAUCUUGCGUCGUCUUCUUCAUCACGUUAACGUCCGACGUGGGCGAGAGUCCUCUCGUCAAAAGUCUUCUCGGACGAGGUAGAGUAACUGCAGACGCCGCGAGAUCGAAUAGCGAACUUUUUAAAGGCAACACGAAACGAUUCAUUGGCUUAACAAACGUCUCCCGAUAAGCGACCGCGGUCAAACAACAGCAUUAUAGUGCAGGGUCAUAUGGCUGUGAAAGAGUGGUUCAGGAGACUACAGCCGGUGCAACUGUACCUGGUGCUGUUCUUCACUACGGCUUUCUUCUUGGUCGAGAUCGUCGCCAGUCACAUAACACACUCGCUGACUCUGCUCCUCAACGCUUACCACAUGCUCUGCAACAUUGUGGCACUUGUCGGCUGCAUCGCUUCGAUCAAGACUUCGAUCAAGUAUAGCUAUCGGGAAAGAUACAACAGUACGUGCAGUUCACUAGGAAAUUCGACCAUCUGCAUUAACGGCGAAGAACAGGAUUCUAUCACGUCCUUAUCAACAAAGACGAAGGAAUCAUGGUCAGACAGAAGAAUGAAAAACACAUUUGGAUGGGCCCGAAUCGACAUCGUUACGAUGCUCGUCUGCUGCGUCUUUCUCGCCUCUUUUUGUUUCUCUUUGCUGAUGGAAGCACUGCAGACAUUGGUGCACAUCGAUCACCUGGAUGAAAUGCACCACCCAUUGCCAGUGUUGUGCAUCGGCGUUUCAGGAAUACUUUUGAAUGCCUUUUGCUAUAUCCUCAUUGGAGGAUUCACGUUCAAUCAGGGCAUUUUCUUGCACGUCACGAAGAGUGGCGACGUAAUAUUAUGCAGAAAUGUGAGUUCGCAAGAAACGAAGGAUGGUGAGCAACAACUGUCUGCGCAGACAAGACGAAGUCCAUUGGCGAUACCAAAAAGCGAAGGUUUAAGAGAAAUGUGUCGAGACGUUCUCGGGUGCGUUUUCGUCAUAUUAGUGUCAAUUUUAGUCUACUUCACCGAUUCCGAUGUGGCCAAAUACAUUGACCCGGUCUUCGCUAUUAUUUCGUCAAUUUCUCUAUUCGUCCUUUGCUAUCCGUACAUGAAAGAAUCAGGCCUGAUAUUGUUGCAAACAAUUCCGAAUCACAUCAAUAUUGAUUGUCUCAAAAGAGAACUGUUGGAAGCUUUUCCGGGUAUCGUAAGCGUCCAUGAUUUACACGUAUGGCAGUUGGCAAAACAUCAAGCUAUCUGCACGGUCCAUAUUGUUUUUCUGAAUCCAACGGUUUAUGCUAGUAUCACGGAUCAAGUUACUGCCUUUUUCAUCGAAAUGGGCAUCACGCAGGUCACUAUACAGCCAGAGUUCCACAAGUUUCACAAGCAGAUGAAGCCGAAUACGGAGAAGACUGAUUGCUUAAUUCGUUGCCACGGGGAACACUGCAGUUCUUCCCAAUGUUGCUCGCGAGAAAACUUCUUGGAUGAUGCGUGCAAGCCAACGAAAGAUGCGCACACCAUCAGCAGGAAAUACGAUAAAAAGGAGAUAAUACCAGCAGCUGCGUGUGCGAUUAGCUUGGAAAAAUUUACCGUUUACGAGGAGAAAACUCUAGAGCGGAAUGUAAACGAUCCAAGAACAAAAGAAUCUGCGCAUAAUCCGACGAACGAAAGUGCUACAUGUCACUCCAACGAUAAAGAAAUACAAAGCAUUUUAAAUGUUAAUCCUGAAGCUAGUUCCCGUGCGUCAAGUCUAACCGAUCAGACAUCUACAAGUGUCACGACCGAUCGAAUACCCGCACGUGCCGAUAGCAAUCUGGACCACAGUGUCGUAUCUUAAGUUUCUUACUUAUACCGUUCAGAGAUAGAUGUUAGUUUUAUUUAAUACUUUUACCUGGAACUGGAACUUGCUUGUGAAAAAGACUAUAUGUGAUAUUCACAUUUAAAAAACGCGAUUUUUUAUGCCACUUGAAAUAUCAAAGAUAAAUAGGGAAGAAAAAUCGUGUCUACAAUUAAUCUUAAAAGAAUCUAUAAUUCACAAAGGAAGCAGCAUAAUAUUAACGAGCAAAUCGACUAUACACAAAAAAAAACAUCUUUUAAACGAGAAAACAAA